UAUAUCUCAUUAAUUAUUUUUUUUUCUUUUUGUUUUAGCUAGCUGGGGUGGCCUUCCUUGCAGCUGGUCUGUGGGCAUGGAGUGAAAAGGGUGUAUUGUCUGAUCUGACAAAAGUGACUGGUCUUCAUGGUCUUGACCCAGUGGUGCUCGUCUUAGUGGUGGGAAUAGUGAUGUUUACUUUGGGAUUUGCUGGUUGUGUAGGAGCACUGAGAGAAAACAUCUGCCUUUUGAAGUUUGUAAGUAACAUCAUGAUAUAAGUGGAUUAUUAUGAGCUGGCAGCAGCAGUUCUGGCUUUCCUGUUCCAGGACUGGGUGAGGGACAGGGUCAAGGAAUUCUUUGAGAAUAACAUUAAAUCCUACCGAGAUGAUAUUGACCUCCAGAACCUCAUUGAUUCGCUACAGAAAAUUAACCAUUGCUGUGGUGCCCAAGGUCCAGAUGACUGGGACUUUAACGUAUACUUUAACUGCAGCAGUGAAAGCAAAAGUCGUGAGAAGUGUGGUGUUCCUUUUUCCUGUUGUAUACCUGAUCCUGCUCAAAAAGUUGUAAAUACACAGUGUGGCUAUGAUGUCAGAAAGAAGAGCAAGAGUCAAUGGGAUGAUCAGAUUUUUGUCAAAGGAUGUAUUCUUGCUCUUGAAGCUUGGUUACCCCGAAAUAUCUACAUCGUUGCAGGUGUCUUCAUUGCUAUCUCACUGCUCCAGAUUUUUGGGAUUUUCCUAGCCAGGACAUUGAUUUCAGAUAUUGAAGCUGUAAAGGCAGGUAAUGCCUUCUGAAUACAAAAGCAGACACUUGUUGCAAAAAAGUGGAUUUUACGGUUAUUGGUCGGACACCAAGGUGAAAGAAAUGUGUGGACCAUGAAAUACUCCUGUUAAAAGCCUUAUGUGGAUUUUAUCCCGCUCAUGCUUUUUGCUAGAAGCUAGUACAAAAAAACAAUCUCAGAACAUACACCUGUCUACUGUUUUCUAAUGAGACAAGUAAUUCGUGCACCAGCAUUGAUAUCUGAGGAAGAAAUGGAAUUUCACAA